AUGUCGCCAUCCCGAGGCUCCCACGCGCUCACACAGGACCUCUCCUCAACCUCCCAAUCCUCCACCGAGGCGCGCGCAACCGCCCGCUCAUCCAGCGCCCUCCACUCCGCAAAGCAGAACCUCCGGUUCCUCUUCGCGCCGGACUCGCCCACCUCCCCCCGACCCGCGCACCGCCGCACGCGCGCGCUGCUGCGCGCCCUCCGCUACAUCGGCGUCUUCGUCUUCUGGCGCGUCGUGCGCUACGCCAAGUACGCGCUGGUCGGCAGCGUCGUCGCGGCCGUUGGCGCGACGGCCGUUGGGGGGGCCGUCUCCGGCGUGGGGUUCUUGUUGGCGCCGCCGACGGUCCUGGCGAGCUUGGGUGUUGGGACGGCGUGGGCGGUUGGGAAGUGGGGUUUCAGGAGGUUGGGGGUGGGUGAGAGGGUUGUGGAGGGGGCGGCGAAGGAGGGGGCUGUCAGUAGGGAGCGGGUGAAAGUCGAUGGGCAGUGGAGGGAUGUGCAGGGGCCGAGGGCGACGCCGUGGUAG